UGGAGAUCGUUCAGUUUAUCGUUAUUGAGAUGAUCUAUAAACAACUUUUGCACACUUUAAAUCGGAAUCGACAGGAAAAUUAAUCCAAUCAGUGAUAUGCUCGUAAAAGCGCUGUCACUGUGAUCCUGGAUUCCUUAUAUGGGGGUUCCGUCGGCGUUCCGUGUUAUGCAAUAAAAGUGAAAUCAGGAACAUAAAUUUUCCAUUGCAGCCUCAGAGAUAAAGGAUUCUAAUAAAAGUAACUCACGAUGAAUUUGGGACUAGUCCUCGGCUGUUUUGCUGCAUCACUCUUUUACGUGGUUAAAGGAGAAUGCAAGGAUGAAUUAAGAAGAUGUUUCCAGGCACAUAGCUACUUCUUCAACGUUCGAUAUAACGAAGUCCCAAAGACCGAAGAAGUGGGAAUAUUGGGAGAUUUCUGCAUCGCAUGGCAGGGAUUGCUGGAUUGUUAUGCCAAUACUCGCAGUUGUCAGAUGGGAGUAGAGAGUGACAUGCGUCUGUCGGCCUCAUGGCAGAUGGGACAUAUCUUUUUCUACCGAGUAGGCGUGGCCAUCAAGACGGGAGUAUGCCCUAAUCUCGACCUCACAAGCAUCUAUGGUGGCAUUCUAGCUCCUCAUCGAAAGAUGUCAUUAGUAAUUCCUGAAGAUUUCUAUGCUAUGGAUAACGCCAUGGUAUGUUUCCAACGCAACAUGCAAGAGGCAGCAGUGGAAUACGCCUUGAUAAUGGAAAUGAAGUCGGAUUUUUGCAUUGCUAGUGAAGAAGCGGCAAACUUUCUAAAGCUUCACGAAUUCCCCGAAUGCGAUGCUGUCUCUCCUUUAGCUAUUCGAAACUUGAUCGAGGCACCAGCAAAAGAUUUCCCGCGUCUCGUCAAUCUCGUCAAAUCUCGAACUCCGAUGAAUUCUGGGAUCGGAGUAUGCUAGAUAUGAAGGCAGAACAAUGAAUUCUCGAUGCAUUUAUUUUAUUUAAUUGGGACUUUAUAUUUAUUUGAUUUAGGCUAUUCAGAAGUUGCUUUCAAUUGAAAUAAAUAAAGAUAUGUUCUUGUAACGAUACGUAGCAAAUUAUCAUUUGUAUUUGAAUGCAUGCUUGGAUCCGAUGACAAAUCGCAACAAGUCACUGCUGAGGCCCAGGAAUGAGUUAAAAAUGUUUAAAAAGUCCCCUAGUGUACUGAGUUG